AUGUAUAGAUCAUUAAGUCAAAGUUGUUUACGAAAUAAAUAUCAUUUAUUAACAAAUUCAGGAUUAAUUUAUAAUAAUAGAUUAGUUUUAUCGAAUAUAAUUCAUGAAAUAUCAUUAGUAUUUGGUUUAUCAUUAUUUUUAUUCUAUCUAUUCUAUCAAUUAUUUGGAAAUUUCGUAUUAAUUUUAUUUAUUAUAUGCGGAAUACUCUCUUCACUUUAUGGCUUACAAGAUAUGUUAUUAUUUCAACCAAAUGAACCAGAUACAGCACGAACAAUCGUUCAAACGCCAGAUUUAUUUCAUAUGGAAUAUGAAACAGUAACAAUUGAAACAGCUGAUAAAGAAAAAUUACAUGGAUAUUUAUUAACACAAAUGCAACGAACAAAUGAAUGUGCAACAUUAGUCUUUUUUCAUGGAAAUGCUGGAAAUAUUGGACAUCGAUUACACAAUGCUCAUUUACUGUAUCAAGCAUGUAAUAUCAAUAUUCUUCUCUUUGAUUACCGUGGUUACGGAAAAUCAACUGGUACACCAUCGGAAACAGGUCUUUAUAUAGAUGCACAAGCUGUCUAUGAUUAUAUUCGUACACGUACGGAUCUUAAUCAAGAAAAGAUCUUUAUAUUUGGUCGUUCACUUGGUGGUGCUGUUGCAUUGCAUCUUGCUUCUCAUCUUGCUGAAACAGAAGCAACACCACCGUUAUAUUGUGUUAUUGUUGAAAAUACAUUUACAUCGAUUCCUGGUAUGGCUAAACGAUUAUUUCAAGUUUUUAUACUUGAUUAUAUACCUUCUUGUUACUAUAAAAAUAUGUUCUCAUCGAUUACAAAGAUUCGUCAUAUAAAAGUACCAGUACUUUUUCUUUCCGGUGAACAAGAUGAAUUAGUUCCUCCACAAAUGAUGCAAAAAUUACAUGAGGAAUGUACGAGUUCAAAGAAACAAUUAAUUGUAUUUUCUGAUGGUCAACAUAAUACAACAUGGCUUUCACGAAACUAUGCAACUCAGAUAAAUAAAUUUCUUGUUGAAUGUUCAACAUUAUCAGAACCGAUAUCGUCAUCCACUGGCUUUAAUUAA